AUGAAUAGUGUUCCAACCCGAGUUGAUGGCAGAUUUAGGCUGGAAGACAUUCUGGGAUCUGGCUCAUACGGUGUUGUAUACCAUGCACGGAACAUUAUCAACGACGACGAACUUGCCAUCAAACUCGAGCCCCUUAUCAACAACUCAUCUUCUUUAGAGCAAGAAUAUAACAUUUUGAAAGAACUUGAAGGUGGAGUUGGGAUCCCAUGUGCCAUAUGGUUCAGUAGAGAGGCGACAUAUGAUGCUCUACUCUCAUCCCUGGAGUACAUCCAUUCACACAACUACGUUCACGGUGAUAUUAAGCCGCAAAAUAUCUUAGUUGGUCGCGGUGCUUUACAGAAAACUGUCUUCGUUGUCGAUUUCGGUAUUGCAAGGGAGUACUGGAACCCCGAAAUCCAAACCCAUAUGCCAUUUCGUCAAGGUCGACGUCUUACUGGCACUCCUGCAUUUGCGUCAAUCAAUAAUCACCUGGGAGUCGUGCCUGGUCGUUGUGAUGAUCUUGAGUCGCUCGUAUAUAUGUUGAUUUAUUUCAUCUGCGGCUCCCUUCCAUGGUUGACUAGCGACUAUGAGAAGCUCUCUAGCUCCUCAAUACUGGCACGCAAGGUGGACACCACCAUUGAAGUUCUGUGCCUUGGAAUUCCUUCUGAAAUCACAACUAUGCUCAUUUACUCGCACAAUCUCGCAUUCUCCAAAGAUCCCGACUAUGAUUACCUUCGAUUGUUACUCCAUGGUGUUUAUGCCACAGUACCUGCAACAGCUACAUGCUCACUCGAUUUUGGCCAGUCCAACGAUCUCAUCAUACAUUCCCCUCCAAUUCCUAAAGAUCACCCAGUAGCUAAGGAGGUGCCUCCGUGUCGACCAAAGACAACACCCCUUCGCAGAUCAGCUCGUCAUGUGUGA